UAUUGUCAUAUUUAGAAAGUAAGUGAUUCUGUGAAAAUAAUAAAUCUAGUAUUUAUAUAAAGAAAAGCAACAAAAAUGUUAAGAAAAAGUUUUGCAGUAGAUCAUGUAUAUCUUUCUCUGCUGCCGUCAGACAGGAAGCGGUGCAAGUGGAUAGCCAUAUUGGUCAUUUUGCAAUGUCUUUUCGUGUUCGCCGGCUCAUUAUCCAUCAUCUACUGCUAUUGGUCACCUCAAAGAGCGUAUUUGGAAGCAGAUAAAUUGGCUCGAAUCAUGUACCUCUUCGACUAUGAGUCCUGUGGCUACGCUCUGGAAAAAGCCCGAACUAUUUCCAACCUGUGGCUACCAAAUAAUCCGCCUGGAUACACGAAUAUAAUGCCCAUUGCGCAAAAACUAGCUGAAGUGACUGUCUCAACGCGAUUGUCAGCUAAAACUAGGAAGUACAUUGAGCUCAGUCUGGGGGUUCAUGUCGUGUGGAUGGCCACCGCGAUUCUCCUCCGCCUCAUCACCAGAGCUAGCAUCAAAGUGAAACUCCUCAAAUGUAUGCUCUUGAUCUUUCUAAUUGUCAACAUUUUCGUCGUCCUCUUCGAUAUUUCCAUGGCAAUAGUCUACGUUGCCCACAUCCAGCAGAGUCUAUCGAAAGGCAUGAUCCUAAGAUACAGUGGGUGGAGCGUAGACUUCGAAGUUUCUAACCCAGACGAAUUCGCGGGCUGGCUACCUCUAGCUGCAUGCCUAUUGUGGCUAAGAGGAGGAGUUUUCCUAUUCUGGAACAUAUUCUGCUGCAAACUCGUCUAUCUCAUGAGGAGCAAGAUCAAACGGCAGGAAGUGAGAAGGAAAUUACGUCAGAAGGCGAACCUACCAAUCCCUGAACCGGAUCCCAUUAAAGAAAAAGAUGGCACUACUCUGUAUUACAGAACUGGAGAAUAUAACCCAGAAGGACGAGCGUCAGGCCAGUUGUAUAGUAUUUUGAAUCGCUCAUUGUAAUUGUUUUUGUUCUUCUUUCUGUGUAAUAAAUAUAUUUUAAAAGGUGCUACAAACUAUGAUAAACGAUAUUUUAGGUUAAAGUGAAUAAAGAUUGAAAC